GCAGCUAGCCAAAAAAAAGGUGCAGUAUUCAAAUAACUGCAUAGCCAGUGGGCAAAGUGGAACUGAAGAACAAGGUGUUCUAAAAGUUGUGUGAGAGCACUUAGGAACAGCAAUCCUGUUUGCACUGAAGAAGGCGGUGGAUCAAUUGGUAAACCACCGGCUGAUUCUAUAGGAUUGCAUGGAACUACAGAGAGUCAACAUGGAUCGUGAUGGUGACAGCUGCAGUGGAGUUAGCACAGAUGAGAGUUGUUACAAAGAAAUGGAUUCUGAAAAAGUCACUAUAUGCAGUCAGUAUGCUGGGGAAGAAGAUGAAGAAAGUCAAAAGUUUCUUACCAAUGGACUUAGAAAGAAAAGCUUAGAAGAAUAUACUGAAGAACAUCACCCUGGGACCACUUCAUUUGGAAUGUCAGUAUUUAACCUAGGCAAUGCCAUAAUGGGCAGUGGGAUUCUGGGCCUUUCCUAUGCCAUGGCAAACACUGGAAUAAUACUUUUUAUAUUUCUUCUUUUUGGAGUUGCCAUUUUAUCACUGUAUUCUGUUCAUCUUUUACUGAAGACAGCAAAGGAAGGAGGUUCGCUAAUAUAUGAAAAAUUAGGUGAAAAGGCCUUUGGGUGGCCAGGAAAAAUUGCAGCCUUUUCAUCAAUCACAAUGCAGAACAUAGGAGCAAUGUCGAGCUAUUUAUUUAUAGUAAAGUAUGAACUUCCUGAAGUCAUUCGAACCUUUUUGAGACUUGAAGAAACGUCUGGGGAAUGGUACCUAAAUGGGAACUACCUGGUCAUCUUAGUGUCUGUUGGGAUUAUUCUUCCAUUAUCACUCCUAAAAAAUUUAGGUUACCUUGGUUAUACAAGUGGAUUUUCGCUAACGUGCAUGGUGUUUUUCGUAUCUGUGGUUAUUUAUAAAAAAACUCAAAUACCUUGCCCUUUGCCACUUUUGGGUCAUAAUUCUGGAAACAUGACAAGCAACCAUACUUAUUACACAUAUCCAGUGAUGACAGAGAAUAACACAGUUGUGUCUGGAGUAAAUUUUAUGCUGGAAGAUACAGAAGGACAGCAAACAGGAUAUGAAGGCCAUAACAUGCAUAAGCACAGCAGUGAUGUGGAAUAUGAAGUCCACAAUGAUAACAAGUGCCAACCAAAGUAUUUUGUGUUUAAUUCACAGACUGCCUAUGCCAUCCCGAUAUUGGCCUUUGCUUUUGUGUGUCAUCCUGAAGUCCUACCAAUUUACAGUGAACUCAGAAGGCGUACACGGAAGCGUAUGCAGAAUGUUGCAAAUGUAUCCAUAGCUGCAAUGUUGAUAAUGUAUCUCUUUGCAGCUCUCUUUGGUUAUCUAACAUUUAUUGGAGAAGUCGGUGAUGAAUUGCUUCACACUUACAUAAAAGUGUAUAGAUUUGACACCCUUCUGCUGUGUGUUCGCUUAGCAGUUCUUGUAGCAGUUACCUUGACAGUUCCCAUUGUUCUUUUUCCAAUCCGCUCAUCAGUCAUCACUAUGUUAUUUCCUGGGAAGCCCUUCAGUUUUCUCAGGCAUUUCUUGAUUGCAUUAGUAAUACUGAUUUUCAACAACACACUUGUAAUUUUUGUGCCAGCCAUUAAAGAUAUAUUUGGAUUUAUUGGUGCUUCGGCCGCAACAAUGCUAAUCUUUAUUCUCCCAGCUGCUUUUUACCUGAGAAUAGUGAAAAAGGAAUCUCUCCGCUCACCACAGAAAAUUGGGGCCCUGGUUUUCCUAAUAGUUGGUUUUGUAUUUAUGAUUGGAAGCAUGACACUAAUUGUAUUUGACUGGAUCCAAAACCCACCGUCUUCAAAGCAGCAUUAAUUAUUUGCACUUUAUAGAAUAAGUCCUUGCUGGUGUGACUGGAUUCUCUUUAUGCCCUAUUUAGAAUGCUGAAUACUGCAAUUGCUCUUCUUGGGGUUGUUAUUUAUGGUUUGAGAUAUAUGAACUAAUCUCAACAAGAAAGUGUUGCUGAUAAUGUAUAUUUUAAACUUACUGGAAAUUGAUAGCAGCCAUAAAAAUCCACAAAUGUUUUUUUAAGGUAGUUUUCUACUGCAAGAUUCAUAUCAUUAAUUUAGGGUAAGAUCAUGCAGGUAACUACUUUUGUCUUUUUCACAUAUUUUCUUUCUCCACUCCCGUGAGGUGCUGCAGCUGAGUUGCAUUCACUCACAGCAUCAUACAUAAAAGCAACAGGCAAAGAGGCUUGGCAAGAGCAAUACUAACUGGAAGGUCAUAAUUGAUAUAUUGGGUAGCCUGAUAAACUACUUCUGCUGAGAUACAGAUCAAAAGUUACAUUGUGGCUCCAUUGCUAGCAAUUAGGUACAAAUGUCUUACUUCCCUCUUACAGGUGACAGCCCAACUGAAGUUAUAGAGUUCUGUAUCUUAUAGAGAGAGAGAGACUAAAGUCCAACAGAAUAUUUGACACGAUCUAGUGUGCAUGAAAAAGAGGUAGUUUAUCACAUGCAAAGCAGAUAGAUUUAUAUGUAAACACAUACAUGCAACAUUUCCCUUUAAGCUGAUUUUUAUAACCUAGUUUAGUGUAUGCAAUGCCUCCACAGGGUCUACAGGGUCGAAGUUGGCAUUAUUGCAAGGGUAGUUUAUAUAUAUAUAUAUGUACAUAGCUAUGGUGGCAUUAUAUAUUGCAUUGCAUUGGUGCACAUUAGUAUUUACAUAUUCUAGAGGGAGUUCUAGAUGUGGAGUAAAGUUGCUAUUAGGGAGGCAGUUCUAUAAUAUAUAGAUGGAUUUGGCUUACAGGCAUGUUUAAUUCAUUGCUGAGGGUCCAAAGAUUAAUUACAUGUAAUAAAUUACAUGUAAUCUGCUCUCAAUAUUCCUUCCUGCUAAAAACAAGAUAAUCCCAUUAAUUACUACCAAGAAACUAACUCAUUUUUUAAGCAUUGUGUCUUACCUAUCAAUAACUACUGUACGCCUUCAGCUCCCUACCUCCAGAAAACUAAACCUUUAGUUCCUUAGCCUUUGUGUUCCUACCUCUAUAUAAAUAAGCCUUUGGUUACUAAGCCUUUUUGUUCUAAAUCAGUUUAACAAAACAUUAGGUCCUAUUCUGAGACACCUCUCAAUGUAAUCAGGUCAGUAAAUGGAUAAAGAUGCUAUACAGGCAUAUACUGUCGGCACAAACUUUAAAUGGGUUAUUCACCUUUAAGUUAACUUUUAGUAUGACAUAGAGAGUGACAUUCUGAGACAAGUUGCACUUGGAUUUCUUUUUUUUUUAUUAUUAUUAUUUGUGGUUUUUUAAAUUAUUUUACUAUUAGUACAGCAACUCUCCAGUUUGGAAUUGUAGCUGCUAUCUGGUAGCUAGGGUUCAAUUUACCUUAGCAACCAGGUACUUGCUAAGGUAGAGUUGCAAUGAGAGACUGGCAUAUGAAUAGGAGAGGGUCUGAAUAGAAAGAUAAGUAAUAAAAAGUAACAAUAACAAUAAAAUUGUAGCCUCAAGAAGCAAUAGUUUUUUGGCUGCUGGAGUCAGGGACCCCCAUUUGAAAGCUGGAAAGAGUCUGAAGGCAAAUAAUUAAAAAUAAUUAUUAUUAAAAAUAAAUUGAAUAAUGAAAAAUAAUUGAAAAGUUGCUUAAAUUUGGCCAUUCUAUAACAUGCUAAAAGUUAACUUAAAUAUGAACCACCCUUUAAGCCACAUAUUCAUUUGUUUCAGAGAAGAGAAUAUUUGGUCGUUCUAUGAUUAUUGGCUUAAACAAAUGUGUUCCUUAGAUGUGGACUAUGACAAAUAUAUAAAUAUCAGUUGUGCAUUUUUCUUUUCUAUUCACAUGGGAAUUUACAUUACAAUAUACAUUUACUAAUACAUAUAUUAAAAUGUUGGCAGCACGUCCCAGAAAAUGUUACCUUAUGGCUCUAUUUACAAUGUUUUUUCCUAUUUAAUUUACAGAAAACAUAAACUAAUUAUAUCUUUUAGGUAAGACUGUGCCUGUCAUUGCUACUAGUAUAUGCCAAAUGUACUGCAUUUUUUACAUUUUAGCACAUUUAUGUUUAGAAUUUUCUUUGGACAAGGCACAGAAUGUAUAAAAGUGCUCUGCCUACAGGUACUGUCACAGUUUUAAACUGUUUUUGUGAAAUUUUAGCACUGAACAAUUUUGAGCCAGUAUAUAAUCAUGUCUUCCGCAACAACUGACUGAAGUGUUAAGAAUUACUUGGAUGAUGGAUGUUUGUUAUUGAUUGGUAUAUUAUAGGAAAUAUUAAUAGAUCCGCUCAGUGCAGGAAACUGGCUUGGGAUAUAUUUGUAUAUGAACAUUUACCCUACAUGCAAAUGUACCUUGUUACUGUAUUAUCUGUUUUUGUGAUAUCACAUUUUUGAUUUUGAAUUUAUACCCAUGAUGCCAUUUUAGCUUGCAAAAAUGUCACUGUCUGUCAUCUGUGUUAUUGAUAAUUUGCUAUCUCAGCGCAAACAGAUUUAUGGCACUCUUGUUAAUUGUACUCAAACAAAAUGGAGAAGUGCAUAAAAAGCUUUAUUUUUUAUUACAUUAUUACAUUACAGGGUAUGCUAAUAUUAAUAUUAACAUUUAAUAUGAUAUAGGAAACAAUAAUAAAAUAAAAGCACAACCUCCAAAUAAAUCUGUAUCCUGGCAACGAGACAGCUUUAACAUUACUUAUAGACAGGCAGAGAAGAAAGGCAAACAACUUAAAAACCAUGCAAAACAGAAUUAAAAGACAGAUUAUAAACAAUUCAUAAUAUUUAACAUAAUAGGGAGAGGGCACACACCAUCAAAACAAAAGAUGCCUGGGUGCCGGGUAAGGUAGUCACCAUGUAGAGAAAUAAAGGACUCAGCACUCGCAGGAAUUGCAGAAAAAUUCAAAAUAAUUCAUAAUAAUAAAAGUUACUUUUGUGUUUCUAAGCAUUUCUGUUUAGCUUCCUUUACAUAGACAAAACAUUCUUAGAGCACACAAAAAAAUUCUAUUUAGUGAGUGCAUAUUAAGUUAAAUUAACAUAUUGACCCCACUUCAUGAGUUGUUCCAAACUUAGCCUAUACAUACUGUAACUAGUAUAUAUAUAUACAUAUAUAUAUAUAUAUAUAUAUAUAUAUAUAUAUUGCAUAGUUGCACACAUAUAUAUAUAAGAGCAUUUUGCAAUUUUAUCUUUAUUUAGGUUAUUAGUCAUGUAUUAAAAAAGAUCUAAAGUGGCUCACAAUAAAAAAAAUAAGGUAUUUUGUUCAUUUUCUUUUGGAUUGUAUGAUGUGUACUGACAAUUUUAAAAAUCAUAUUAAAUAAGCUAUUUUUAAUAUAUUUAACCCAAAUUUUAUUAAAUUGUUUUAAGAGUAGCAUGUUUUUUUGUUUUGCUUUAACUAGCAUUUUGAUAUCCUCCCUAGUAUGUUAUCAAUUCUUGAAGCUAGUAUUCUUUAGUCCAGGUAAAUACCUGUUCCUUUUGGAUAGAGGAUCAUACAUUUUUUCAUAAUGUUUGUGACUCCUGAUCUAUAAUACAAACAUUAUGUAUAUGGAACAUAUAUGGAAAAUGAAAAAUGACUGAAGAGUUUAUUCUUUUUUUACAGAAAAGAUGUAGGAAAAGCCACAUUACUGCAAAGAAAUAUGAUUCUUUAUAAAUAAGUAACACUUACUUUUUUGAUAUUAGAGUCCUUUUUCUACUCUACCACCUUAUAAAACAUCACAUAUAUUUAGUCAUGAAUAAAAUGUUUUUUAUUAAAUGAUAGUGGGUAUUUAAAAUUGUACUCUUUUGAUGCACUGUACCACUGUCAAAAAGAUUAAAAUCCUUAAUGUACUAUGCUCAUCCUGAGCUAACCAUACACUGGCACUCUUAACAUAGAUGUUUAGUUUCCCUAAAACUGCAUCUCCACUGGCAUACAAAUUUGUGCCACUGGUCCAUCAUUUUCUGGUCACUUGGCACAAUUAAGCAGAGAGCUUACACAUUAGGAGCGCACUGCUGGAAUGGUCAAAAACCGUGCCUGCACCAAAUGUUGGAGAAUGCAUAAUGUGUUACUCUACGAUAUGCCCUUUAUACCACGUGGCAGGUUUAGUCAAAAGGCACAUGAGCAUAAUUCUCUUUCAGUGUUGGUUAGCCAGUGGAAAGAGCCUGAAUGUGUCACUCCUGCUACCCAUUCAUUUAAAUGUGGAAUUUGUCAUAAUGCUGUAACUGACAGAAUUUUGGACCUGAUCCAGUGUUGUCACACAUUUUAUACUCAAGUAAAUGGGAUGUGAUGCUGGGCACUCACUGGCUGAAAUACAUCAAGAGAAGCAGCAGAGAAUACACCCUAUACUAUCAUAGCUCUUAAUUUGCCUAAAGUUGCAUUUAUCCUCUGUUAGCCAUUCAUAUACUCUAAACAGUACAAGUGUAAGACUGAAAACUUUAGAUUUUUUUUUUUAACAAACAAAGAGAAGUGACGAUAUACAGAUGUAUUAAUACUUGUACAACAAAGAAAAUGAAUGAAAUAGUCUGUUUAGGGUAUUAGGAUACACUGCAAAGAUCAUUUUAAUAUGUAAUAUCCUUUUUUUUAAUGGUGUGUCUGUGUUUCUAGUACGGACUACAGUAAUGGUAUGUCUGGCAUGUCUUACUGUUUCUUACUAUGGAAAAAUCAAUAGUUUCUUUUUCUGAUUUCAUGACUUCUUGUGACAUGUCUUUCCUUUAGUUACUAUAUUAUUACCUUUUACAUGUUUUCAAAAUACAAAUGCCAAGUUACAUGUUAGCCUGUGAAAUACCCCUGGGAUGUAGUUACUACAUAGAAUGUGAUAGUUUACUUAAUAAAUACUUGUAAUAUAGUUUGAAUGUUGUCUUUUUAAGAAACAAUAAAUGUAACUUCUAGAAAUACAUA